CGGAACCCCGCGCCUCUCUCCGCACUGCGUCUGCGUGCCAACGCCGCCGCCUCCUCUCCACCCGCGCUGCCACGCGCCAACGCGGACGCCGAGCCGGCCUAUCGAGCGCUGCACGCCGCCGCCCGCCACGCCAGGCGCACCUUCACUUUGGAGUGGCUUCGGCUGCGCCUGCUCCGCCACACCUUGCGCUUCCCAUGUCGUCGUCCCUGGCGUCCUCCUCGUACCGCCGCAGGAUCCUCGACUCCAAGGCAGCGGCCUCCCACGCGCUCUACUCCUGCCGGCUCCCCUCCCGCUCCGGCUCCAGGCAGCCUGCACACACCAGGAUUGGCGCCACCGCCAGAGCUCAUGGAGUUGAGAGCAGCAUCAUCAGUGUCCUAACUAUGCAUCACUGGGAGACCUUGAAUCACAUGGCGUACAAAUUUGGGAAGCUUGACAAGGGUCAUGGAAAGCUGGCCUUGAAGAUACUGGGUUCUAUUGUGCAACAAUCAGGUUUGGAGCGAAUCACUCAUGUUUACUGCCUGGCUGCUCAUAUCCUCGUCCAAGCUCAAAUGCGUUCACAAGCAAUGUCAGUAUUGAGGCAUCUUGCCGUGGGGGGCUUCUCUUGCUCUGCUAUAUUUAGCUCCCUUCUCAGAACCAUCUCGCGUUGUGAUUCCAAUCCCAUGGUUUUUGACCUUCUUAUCAAUGCAUAUCUGAAGGAAAGAAAAGUUGUUGAUGCAAGUAAGGCAAUUUUAUUGAUGGAUGACUGCGGAUUUAAGGCUUCAACUCACACCUGCAAUGCUGUCCUUAAUGCUCUUGUGGAAGUUGGGGAAUCAAAACAUGUUUGGUUCUUCUUAAAAGAAAGUUUGGCCCGGAAGUUCCCGUUGGAUGUCAUCACUUGCAAUAUUGUACUGAAUUAUUUUUGCCUUGACGGUAACCUUAGAAAGGCUAAUCUUAUGCUACAAAAGAUGAAGAGUCGGUCCAUAUCAAACGUUGUUACUUAUAACACAAUACUUUACUGGUAUGUUAAGAAGGGAAGGUUCAAGGCUGCCAUGCGUGUCUUAGAAGAUAUGGAGAAGAAUGGUGUAGAGGCAGAUGCAUAUACUUAUAACAUCAUGAUUGAUAAGUUAUGUAAAAUGAAGAGGAGUACACGUGCUUACCUUUUGCUCAAAAGAAUGAGGGGAAAAAACUUAUCACCUGAUGAGUGUACAUAUAAUACUUUGAUCAAAGGAUUUUUCGAUGAAGGUAAGAUAAAACUUGCUAUCUAUAUCUUCAAUGAAAUGAUGAAACAGAGCUUGAAGCCAAGCCUAGCUACUUACACUACCUUGAUUGAUGGGUACUGCCGAAGUGGGGUAACUGGUGAAGCUUUAAGAGUUCUGUAUGAAAUGCAAGUUGCCGGUGUGAAACCAAGUGAACUAACUUAUAGUGCAAUGCUGAAUGGUUAUUGCAAAGCUUCCAUGCCGGGACAUGCACUGAAUCUUAUUGAAGAUCUGAAAGCAAGCGGCACAACAAUCAAUAGGACUAUGUAUACUAUCCUGAUUGAUGGUUUCUGUCAGCUAGGAGUGGUUUCUAAAGCAAAACAAAUUUUGAAGAGUAUGCUUGUCGUUGGUGUCAAUCCAGAUGUUGUUACUUAUUCAGCAUUGAUCAAUGGUAUGUGCAAGAUGGGUAAGUUGGACGAAACAAAAGAGAUUUUGUCAAGGAUGCAAAAAACAGGAGUUUUGCCUAAUGAAGUUCUUUAUACAACUCUAGUUUGCUAUUGUUGCAAGGCUGGAUAUGUCGGAGAAGCACUAAAGUAUUUUGUGGACAUCUAUCGGAGGGGCCUAGAUGCCAAUUCAUUCAUCCACAAUACAUUGUUAUGUGCGCUGUAUCGAGAAGGAAUGGUUACACAGGCUGAGCAAUUCAAACAAUACAUGUCUAGGAUGAAGAUAUCAUUUGAUGUUGCCUCUUUCAACUGUAUAAUAGACUUUUACUGCACGAGAGGUAAUAUGCAUGAGGCAUUCUCAGUCUAUGAUAAUAUGCAUAGGUAUGGUUGUUCUCCAAAUGUUGACACAUAUAGGAAUUUGCUUAGAGGGUUAUGCAAGGGAGGCCACUUGGUACAAGCAAAGGAGUUCAUGGCCUGCCUUGUUGACAUACCUUCUGCCAUUGAUCAGGAAACCUUCAAUGCAUUACUUGUGGGGAUUUGCAAAGACGGAACUCUAGAUGAAGCUCUGGAUUUAUGUGAGAAAAUGGUUACAAGUAACUUUCUGCCUGACAUCCAUACUUACACUGUUCUUCUUAGUGGUUUUUGCAGAAAAGGCAAAAUUGUUCCUGCAGUCAUCCUGUUGCAGAUGAUGUUGGAGAAAGGAUUUGUCCCUGAUAUUGUUACAUAUACCUGUUUGUUGAAUGGCUUGAUCAAGGAAGGCCAAGUUAAGGUUGCUUCUUACCUGUUCCAGGAGAUCAUAUGCAAGGAAGGCAUGUAUGCAGAUUGUAUUGCCUACAACUCAAUGAUGAACGGGUACCUAAAGGCAGGAAUGAUACACAAAGUAGAUAUGAUGAUUCGGGAUAUGCAUCAUAAUGAGGUUUAUCCAAACCCAGCCAGCUAUAACAUUCUUAUGCAUGGGCACAUCAAGAAGGGACAUUUGUCAAGAUCUGUUUAUCUAUACAAAGAUAUGGUAAGGAAAGGGAUUAGGCCGAACAAUGUGACAUAUCGUUUGCUUAUCCAUGGAUUUUCGAAACAUGGUAUUACUGAAAUUGCGAUUAAGUUCUUGGACAAGAUGGUCUUAGAACGCAUUUAUCCGGACAGAUUAACAUUUGAUGUACUCAUAACUGUAUGUAGUGAGAAAUCUAGGAUGUCCAAUGCUUUACAGCUCUUCAACUGCAUGAAGCGGUUAUAUAUGUCGCCUAGCAGUAAAGCAUACAGUGCCAUGAUAAAUGGAUUAAUCAGAAAAAAUUGGCUGCAGCAGAGUUGUGAUGUUUUACGUGACAUGGUUGAGAGUGGACUUGAACCGAACCAUACACACUAUAUUGCAUUAAUCAAUGCAAAAUGCAGGCUUGGGGACAUCAAUGGAGCAUUCAGGCUGAAAGAGGAAAUGGCAGCUCUUGGUGUUGUGCCAGCUGAAGUUGCUGAAAGCUCAAUUGUUAGAGGUCUUAGUAAAUGUGGGAAGGUUGAAGAGGGUAUCAUAGUUUUCUGUAGCAUAAUACGUGCUGGAAUGGUGCCAACCAUUGCUACUUUCACUACCCUAAUGCAUGGUCUCUGUAAAGAAGGCAAGAUUGCGGAUGCUCUGCAUCUCAAAGGGUCAAUGGAGUUGUAUGGAUUGAAGAUUGAUGUAGUCACUUACAAUGUUCUAAUCACAGGUUUAUGCAACAACCAGUGUGUUUCUGAUGCGUUAGAUCUUUAUGAAGAGAUGAAAUCUAAGCAACUUCGGCCGAACAUUACAACAUACACUACAAUAAUUGGGGCUAUCUGUGCAACAGGCAGAAUGUUGGAAGGAGAGAAACUACUGAAUGAUAUAGAGGAGAGGGGCUUUGUUCCCUCAUAUAAGGAUCAAAUUCUUGAAUGGAGGAUGGAGAAUGCAAUGAGAAGGUUAAACGUGAUAAGAAAUUGCAAAAAGGAAAUAGCUUCUAAGAAUGAGGUCGAGCUAUUACAUACAAAUCAUGAAUCCAUGCAUGAAGCUGCUGAAGACUGAAAUCCUCGUAAAUUUAACCUUUUCUACUUCAAAGGAAGUGGUAUGUUUGAUCGAUAUGCAGGUUCAUAGUUUGAUGGGGAUGCUUAUAUUUGUUGAUGACACUGAGAUUUAGAUAAAUAUAGAAGAUGCAGACUUUGGUGUCAAAAUUUACGAAAAAGCAAAAGACAGACUAAGAUGAUGGUAGCCAUGCAUAGGAAAACAUCAGUACGGAGAACAUGAUUAUCUCACUUCAUCAAGGACAAGGAUAAAAAUAUGUUCAGGAGAUGAGCGAGGCCCUUCCUUUGGAUCCAGGGCAUGUCACUCUCGGAUAAAUCAACUCUGCAACAGCAAGACCUGUUCCCAUUGGCCAAGCCUCCAUGGAGGAAUAACAGAUUUAUAAUGCCUACCAUCUGUAGUUCAUGAGAAGAUAUGUGAGCAAAUGCACCAGAACUCUCAUUUAUUGCUCCGACUCUGAUCGUGAAGUCUAGCUCUUGUUGUCAAGGAGUUCCCCUGCAGCUACCUUGGCAUGCCGUUGUUUAUUAGGACGCUGCACAAGUAGGACUUGCAAUCUCCUAAACAAGGUAUUGCCAAACUCCGUAGCUGGAAGGCUAGCAUGCUCACUGGGGGAGGACACUUGGUGCUCACAAAGACGGUCCUCUUGUUCUUUUCCGUCUACCACAUGAUGUCGCUUGUGAUCCUGGCCUGGCUGAUCAAGGCGCUUGACAAUUGUUGUAGAGCUUUAUCUAGAAAAGGACGGAAGCAGUCAUGGGAGGUCACUGCCUGGUAGCCUGGGACAGAGUUGCUUCACUUGAUCUUGUGAGAUUAUGCUUGGGUGGUGGAUUCCUAGCUGUUGGGGCCUUCAUAAAACUGGUUAGAGUUGUGAUAGCAGCCCCAAGGCAAGUGGAUGCUUUGAUGCCGAGGUGUCCUUCCCAGCAGAUGGGUUUGGAGGCAGCUGGAGGUGUGCACUGCAUUUAUCCGGGCCGAGGGGUUUCUCGUUUCUCCACUCCAAUGUUCGUGCCCCUGGUUUCUAGUGCAGGUCAAGAAGACUUGGGUGGGAGAUGGUUACCCACACGUUUUCUUCUGCAGGAGAGGUGUCAUAAGGUAGGCAUGAUUGGCUGGCUUCAUCCAGCCCUAAGGCAAGACAGUAUGAUUGAGACCUCUGUGAACUGUGAUGUGGUUUUUAUUGGUUAUUGUACUAGGUAAGGAGCAAUUUUUCAUGGGAAUGGUGUAUGAGCGAGCACUAAAGACAUCCAAUUGUUGCCUUUAUGAACCGUUGAAUGAGAAGUUGAAGAAGAGAAUCACAGCAUGUUUUUAUGUCAGCAACCUUACUACCAGCCGGCCUCAUUCAGCUCAUGUUUAGAGGCCUUACUGUCGGCCGUCCUCAUUCAGCACGAUCCAAAGAGGAGGUGUUUGUUGAAAUGCCAAAUAGAGAGAGGAGACGAAGGUAGAUGUUGACAUGUGGGCCCCACCUGUCAUAACAGCAAAUAUAACGGUCAAAAUAAACAGUUUACUUUGUUGCCAUGUCAGCCCUGACAAGUGGGUCCCAUAUGUCAUAAACACAUUUAAAAUCUCGAAAACGGUCAUCAAAGUUAUAGUUUUAGGGGAUGAAUUAUGAAAAAAUGGUAUUUUUUUUGUAAAAUUUUGAAAGUGUAGUUAUGUGGGACGCUAACCCCAAAAGUGAUAUUUUAUGUAAAA